UCGGGACACUUCGAGGUGUGUUGAGGCGAACCUCUCACAUCCAGGUGUCCCGCCGAGGCGCGCGCAGCCUCCAGCUCAUGCCGGCUGCGCUGACAUGCUGCCCAAAGUCGAGUCUGAAUCUUUGGGACUCGCUCGAUCGUAUGGAGCGCACGGCCACAUGCCAAGGAACAUGCAAGCCCCCCAGUUAAAAAUGAUGGACUACUCUUAUGACGAGGACCUGGACGAGAUGUGUCCCGUGUGCGGAGACAAGGUGUCAGGGUAUCACUACGGACUGCUGACCUGUGAGAGCUGCAAGGGCUUCUUCAAGCGCACCGUCCAGAACAACAAGCGUUACACAUGUAUAGAGAACCAGAGCUGCCAGAUUGACAAGACCCAGAGAAAGCGCUGCCCGUACUGCCGCUUCCAAAAGUGCCUCACUGUCGGCAUGAAGCUAGAAGCUGUGCGAGCAGAUCGAAUGCGUGGUGGUCGCAACAAGUUUGGCCCAAUGUACAAACGUGAUCGGGCCCUCAAGCAGCAAAAGAAAGCGCUGAUCCGUGCGAACGGCCUGAAGAUUGAAGCCAUGAGCCAGGUGAUGCAGGCUGUACCCACUGACCUCACUAUCUCCUCAGCCAUUCAGAACAUCCACUCAGCAGCCUCCAAGGGCCUUCCAUUGAGCCACCACGGUGGCCACCACACCAGUCACCAUCACCAUCACCACCACCACCACCAUCAUGCCACUGCUUUGCCACCUACAGACUAUGACCGCAGCCCAUUUGUUACUUCUCCGGUUAGUAUGGCGAUGCCGCCACACGCUGGCAGUCUGCAGGGCUACCAAGCGGCCUACGGACACUUCCAGAGCACACGUACCAUCAAGUCAGAGUACCCAGACCCAUACACCAGCUCGCCAGAGUCCAUCAUGGGUUAUGCAUAUGUUGAUGCCUACCAGACAGGCUCUCCACCCAGCUUCCCCCACCUGAUUGUAGAGCUGCUAAAGUGUGAACCCGAUGAGCCGCAGGUUCAGGCAAAGAUACUAGCCUAUCUACAGCAAGAGCAGGCCAGCCGGGCCAAGCAUGAGAAGCUCAACACCUUUGGGCUGAUGUGCAAGAUGGCUGACCAAACACUCUUCUCUAUUGUGGAGUGGGCACGCAGCAGCAUCUUCUUCCGUGAACUUAAGGUGGAUGACCAGAUGAAGUUACUGCAGAACUGCUGGAGUGAGCUCCUCAUCCUCGACCAUGUUUUCCGGCAGGUGGUGCAUGCCAAGGAUGGCUCCAUCCUGUUGGUUACAGGCCAGCAGGUUGACUAUGCGGUGAUUGCUUCACAGGCAGGAGCCACUCUUAACAAUCUGUUAAGCCAUGCCCAGGAGCUGGUAGCCAAACUACGCUCUCUGCAACUGGACCAACGGGAGUUUGUCUGCCUCAAGUUCUUGGUCCUUUUCAGCCUGGAUGUGAAGAACUUGGAGAACUUCCACCUGGUGGAGAGCGUUCAGGAGCAGGUCAAUGCAGCGCUGCUAGACUACGUCAUGUGUAACUAUCCCCAGCAAACUGACAAGUUUGGCCAGCUGCUCCUCCGGCUGCCCGAGAUCCGAGCCAUCAGCCUGCAGGCCGAAGAGUACCUUUACUACAAGCACCUGAAUGGCGACGUGCCCUGCAACAACCUGCUCAUUGAAAUGCUGCAUGCAAAAAGAGCUUAACGGGGUGACUGUCCCAACCCCGUAAUGCAGCUGCAAGAACAUCUUUCAUGUGGCAC